UGUUCCCUUUCGUAUUUGAUUUAAGAAGUUGCCGGCGGCCAUGGCAACUCGGGUCAUCACCAACCGCGUCGUUCAAUCGGAAGAGGCUAUAGGAGAAAGAAGCCGCAAGGGAGGAACAGGACGGAGCGAGGAGCCAUGGCCGCCAGGAACUUCUUCGUCCGAUCCCCCAAGGAGGAGGAAUCCAGCGCCGCCAUCCGAGAGGCUGUCCUGUUGGGAGGGAAGAACGCCGCCAUUGCAGGCACCGUGGUCGCGGUUCCCACGUUCGUUGCCUGUCGUGUCCUUCCUUGGGCCAAGCACAAUCUGAACUACACCGCGCAGGCGCUCAUCAUAUCGACAGCCUGUGUGGCCGGGUUCUUCAUCACCGCGGAUAAAACCAUUCUACGAAACGCAAGGCAGAACACCAUCGGGAGGAUCGACGAGUCGACUUGAUCCAGGACUGUACAGAAUCGCAGGCCCUCUGUUCCAUCCAUGGAUGGUGCUGCAUGAGGAAACGUCGGAUUAAUUUCAGUUUCAGUUUGUAUGUACCUGGCAGUGUAAAGAGAGUUGCUGCUUUCUAGAGCAGGAAUACCGGUUCGUAGCGCUUACCUCGGAGGCGAUAUUCCUGGCGAUCUAGGGUUGGUGCGUCGCCGCCGCCGGCGGCGGCCGCUGGCCCUGUGACCUCCUCGUGAGGCUGGCUUGAUGCACUAACGAGGUGCCCUCUCUUCAGGUUCCCGUUCCCCUGACUAACAAAGUCAGGGUUUUGAUGUCCUCCGGCAGCUACCCUGGUCGUGAGUUUUCUUUAUAAAUCACUCAUGUAGGAAAUACUUAUAUGUGGCUUGCAACAUUUUUACUAUAUAGUUCCUGGAAUAUGUUUACCUCGAUAUGGAAUUUACCGAUGCACUUGAA